UGGAAAUAUUUCCAACUCAGCCUCUGGCCUGCCGGAUGACUUUGAGUAAAUCACCGAACCUCUCUGGACUUCAGGUUCCUCGUCUGGAAAAAGGAGAAAAGAUGCCCCGGAAAAAGAAGAAGGUCGCCGACAGCCCUGAAGUUCAGAACACGGAAGAGGACGAGAAAGAACCCGACGCCGUCGUCCACGUGAGGAAGAAGCGGAGUUUUGCAGAUGCUUUCAUCGUGAUCUCGGACAGCGACGGAGAGCAGGAGCCCAAGGAGGAGAACAGUUUGCCGAGGACGAAGACGAGGCAGCAGGUGGAGAGGGCGAAGUGCUCGACCAAGAGGAAAAUCUCACAGAUGACGGAAGAAGAGCAGUUCGCUCUGGCUCUGCAGAUGAGCGAGCAGGAAGCCAGGCAAGCAAACAAUCAGGAGGAGGAAGAGGAGGAGCUCCUGAGGAAGGCCAUCGCCGAGAGCCUGAACAGCUGCCGGCCCUCCGGUUCCUUCGACGGUCCGGGGACGCGCCAAGCCCACUCGCCGGGCGUCGGCGACAACCCGGCCGACUCCGGACCGGAGUGGGGCCGACCGACCCGACCCGAGUCUCCGCGGUCUCCGGCCGGGUCCCGGGAGUCCCCGGCGGAUGGCGGCGGGUCCGGGUCCGAGGUGCCCAGGAGUCCCCUGGUGGUGCUCAAGAGGCUCAGUCAGGACAUCGUCGAGUCCUCGCUGGCGGCCGGUGUCGUCGUGUCCCCGGGGCGGGACCAUCCCCCGGCCGGCUGUGGCGACGACCCCCCCUCACCCACCUUCGGCGACAGCGGGCCCGGCCUCCGGACCCGGCUGGCCCCCAGCCCCACCUUCUCCCGCUCGGCGGUCAGCCCCUGGCAGCUGGCGCCCCGGAAGCUGUUCGCCGGCCGGAGGAGCGGGGGCGAGGGGACGGCAGAGCGGUCCCCGGACCCUUCCAGAAGACUGGACAGCGGGCCGGCUCCCGGAGGCCCGGAGGGCCGGGAUCGACCCGGCCGGCUGGCACCCGGGGUCCGGAAGGCCGAAGCCUCCCGCCGCCGGAGCCGCCACCUGCCCGGGGACCCGGUGGAUGAGAGGUCGGCGGAGGGCUGCGGGGACGUCCGUCGCUCCCCUGGGCACCCCCCGGCGGCCGGGACCGCACCCACCCCACUCCCCCGCUGCCGGCCCGGCCCGGCGGACGCUGCGGGGCCCCAGCAGGAGGACGGGGGCUCCGUGCACUACUACUGGGGCGUCCCGUUCUGCCCGGCGGGGGUGGACCCGGACCAGUACACCCGGGUCAUCCUGUGCCAGCUGGAGGCCUACCAGAAGAGCCUGAAGCUGGCCCAGCGCCAGCUCCUGCGGAAGAGGGCGUUCGGCGAGCCCGUGGUGCCCGGCCCCCCGGCCCAGGCCCGGGGCGACCGGGGCCGGGAACCCCAAACGGCCCCCGAGGAAGCGGGAGACGGAGACUCGGAGAACAGCGGGGGGGCCGGGGCCGCGCCCUGGCGCCCCCAGAGUGGGGAGCCCCGAGAGAGCCCCACGCGGGAUCGCGAGGAGCGGGAGGGGACCCCGUCGGAGGACGAGGCGACCACCAGCCACUGUCAGCCCUCGCAGGGGCUGUUUCCCGGGGACCCGCCCAAGGAAGGGGAGACCAGGCAGAUCACACACAGCCCCACCGCCUGGACACCACUGACCAAUGCGAGAAGCCCAGCUGCCGCCCCCGGAAGCCCGCCGGAGGAAAUCACCGUCUGUCCCGAGACGCAGCUAAGCCCGCCCAAGGCUUGUGACCUGGAGGGAGAGGAGGAGGCCUACUCAGCAGACAGAGAGCCAGCUCCUCAGGCUGGCAGCCCCGAGGAGGAGCGGCAGCAGCAGGAGGAGGAGGACGAGGAGGAAGCGGCCUGGAGGCUCCAGGUGACAUGUCCCCUGUGUGAUCGGGGCUUCCCCGCCAGCACGAUCCAGCAGCACGCCAUGUUCUGCGACGGUUUCCUCGGGAAGCGGGAAAGCAAGCCGCCACCAGUGCUGACCCGGAGUCGGAGGGAGCCCAGGGGCCGAAGCGACGGCGGGAGAGAUGCCCACCCGCCCCCAGACAUUGACAAGAGGGAGAAGUGUUAUCUCUGCAGGUCCCUGGUGCCGUUCGCCGACUACCGGCGGCACGUCGACGACUGCCUUCGGACCUUGCAGGCCGGCCCGCCCCCGGACGGUCCCGGGAAGUCGCGGAGACCGAGGAGCGGGAAGGAAGGAGCCCGAAAGGAGGGCCGCCUCCUGAGCCUCCUGGAGCGGUCCGAGAGCAACGCCUCAGAUGCCGAUGGGAAGCUGGGGUCCUCAGAAGGCGGAGCCUUCAGGCCCCUCUCAAGGACAGAGGAGGAGGACGGAGGGGCGGCCGCCGGCCCCAGCUGGGAAGGCUGCAGUCGCCUCUCACCCCUGGACCUGAACGACGACGACUCCCCCAUCAAGUCCUUCGUUUCCAUCUCGGAGGCCACAGAUUGCCUGGUGGACUUUAAGAAGCAGCUGUCCAUCCGGCCGGGCGGCCGGGCCCAGACCAGAGCCGGCAGAGGAAGGAGGAGAAAAUCCUGAGCCGGACCCCCCUCCCCUGCCCCCUCCGCCCGGCCGGGCCCCCCUCGCCAGCAGGCAGACCGGACCACCGCCGUAUCUGACGUUUUCUAAGAUUUGUACCGGGAGGCGAUGUCCAGAGCCAGCGUUUUCUAGCUUGCCGUCGGAAUUCCCUUAGUGCCGAAGAGAAAAAUUUAAAUAUAUUUAUCUAUGUUUUUAUGAAA